CUGUAGAGGUUGGAUGGGAUCCGAGAAACUUGGUUAUGAUGGAUUGAUUGAAAUUGUAAACCGCCUUAUGCUGAAGGGGAGAAGCAAUUUGGAGACAGAACAAUCAGCAGUUAGGAUACUGAAAUCAUUGUUCCCACCACUCAUACUUGUUCUUUUCAAAAUGCUUGUAGCACCUAUAGGCGGUGGAAGGUUGGCUUCGAUGAUGGUUGCAAGGGUAACUGCGUGGUCUUGUCAAUGGCUAAUGGGAGCCUCUUCAGUUAAUUCUAUUGAUCUUCCAGAUGGAUCAUCUUGCUCUAGUGGGGUCUUUGUAGAGAGAUGCAAAUAUCUGGAAGAAAGUAAAUGCAUAGGUAUUUGCAUAAACACGUGCAAGCUGCCAACUCAAACUUUCUUCAAGGACUACAUGGGAAUUCCGCUGUAUAUGGAGCCAAAGUUCAGUGACUAUAGCUGCCAGUUCAAUUUUGGAGUUCCCCAACCUCCCCGUUCAAGUGACAGUGCCCUCCAUGAGCCUUGCCUGGAAAUAUGCCCAAACGCCAAUCGCCGCAAGGAGCUGAACAAAGGCCUUGCUGUCCAAUGUCCCAAGGUAUAAAACAUGUAAGAAGUACCAGUGCUCAAUAUCCCGGAGAAUUAUUUUUUGUGACCAAGAAAAAAAAAAGUAUAUCCUAGGAGCAAGGCUUCAGUACAAAAAUAUAACCAGAUAUUUGGAGAAUCAUUUAAAAUUUUCUCCAUUUUGGAAAAAAAAUGUUUGGAUGUAUAGUUUAAGAAGUAGCUUGAACAUUUGUAUUUGAACAAUUUCUUCCAUGUCCCAGAAAUUGUAGCUGCUCCUAUAAUUUGCAUGUUAAAACUUGCUAAAGUUGAAUUUUCCUCUACUUUUCUAAGGCGUGGAUGGGUUGCUGUUCAUUAAACAUAGCAGGAUCUUAUUUA